GCAGCCAAUCAGAAGGCCCCCCGGCGGCUUGUUACAGGUCACGUGGCGGUGUUUGAAGCGGAAGGCGCGAGUGGCGUUCAUUUUCUCUAGUGGUGCAGGUGGGAUCCGGCACAGCCGCAGCAGGGGGUAUACCGGAGAGAUGGCGGCCCAGCUGACUCGGGAAGGCAUCACACUGAAGGGCAGCGCGGAGAUCGUAUCCGAGUUUUUCUAUUUUGGCAUCAAUAGUAUUUUAUAUCAACGUGGGAUUUAUCCAUCAGAGACUUUCACCCGUGCCCAAAAAUAUGGGCUUACCCUACUAGUUUCUACAGAUCCAGAUCUAAAAAACUACUUGAGUACGGUGGCGGAUCAGUUAAAAGAUUGGCUGUACAAUUGCCAGGUACAGAAACUGGUUGUGGUGAUCUCCAGUAUUGACAGCAAUGAAAUACUUGAACGUUGGCAAUUUGAUAUAGAGUGUGACAAAACGGUCAAAGAUGACAGCAUUGUCCGAGACAAGUCCCCAAAGGUUAUUCAAGAAGAAAUCCGAUCAGUCAUCCGACAAAUCACAGCCACCGUAACCUUUCUACCAUUACUGGAAACAGCCUGUGCGUUUGAUUUGCUGAUCUACACAGAUAAAGACUUGGAAGUACCAGAAAAAUGGGAGGAAUCUGGACCUCAGUUUGUUUCUAACUCUGAAGAAGUCCGUCUACGUUCAUUCACUACUACAAUCCACAAAGUAAACAGCAUGGUGGCAUACAAGAAGAUAGACUGUUAAUAGUGACUGAUAUUUUAUUGGUGCACAGAUGAGUUUUCUUUUUCCCCUCCUGCACUGCAAAUGUCAUUCGCAGUUUUUUCUGAUGCAGCUUUUAAUAUGCUAUCCCUCGGCUGGGAUUUGUAGAUUUGUUGGGGGUCUUUGUGGGCCUUUUAUGGUUGUAUAGUAUGAACUAGUGUUUUAUGCGAUUUCAAGUGUGAAGAUGCUCAAUUAAUGUUCUGAUUCAGACUGAUUUUGUCUUAUUCAGUUUGUAUUUACUGCUGCUUACCGUAUAGGAAUUAACAUGUUCCCAUUUAUUGUAUACAUUAUUUUAUUUAUAUGUACUGUGGUGGCUGUAAACUUUAAUUCGGCACCCCAGUUUCACUUAUUCUGCAAAUGUUUAUCUGAUUCUAAACAUUUUUUUUUAUUAAAUAAAGUGUAAACAUGA